GUAUCAAAUAGAGUAGUGAAAGCAGUUUUCUCCUGGUCUUUAGUAGAUACUUCAACUUGUCAGAAACCUAAAGCAAGAUUUAAAGUUAAAAAAAAGGUGAAAUGUCCUAAGGUAUCUAGUAUAUCUGCUAUUUGUGAUACUGAAUAG